AUGCCCCGCCGCGUCUCCUUUGGCGCUACGCCUGCACCCUACCGCUCCCCAGACCCCUGCACACGCUCUGGAUCGUCUCUCAAGACGGCCGAGCUGCAGCGUACGCAAUACGGCCACGCUGCCACAACGUCUGUGACUGACUCGACGCUAGAACGGAAGAGGAGGCGCGGAUGACGAAGACGUACAAGGAGAAAGCGAAGAAGGGGGCCUUGGGGGUUGUGGACUGGCUUGGGAGGAAGAUCACGGGUGGUGGGGGAAAGAAGGAUUGA